CCUCAACAUCGCACCUGAGAGUCCGUAGUCAUUUUGGCUCAAGCAUUUGUUGCCCAAGUCGGUUUGGCUCACGCCUUUGUGGUCCUGGUGAAGCUAAUUUUGCCAUCAAUUUACGCAUAAGUCUGUAUCGAUUGCAGCAGUCCCAACCCAGCGCAAAUGAUUGGCACUUUUGAGAACGCAUCGGGGCUGGAUAUGCUUUCAAAAACACAGGUGAGUUUCUCUCGCGAGGAACCUAUGAAGGUCGGUCGGCUUCAUUCGCCAGGCUUCAUUUCUCGUGAAUCGGUCGGAAAGGAUACGUGGAACAGCAGGGAUUCUGAGGAUGUCGUGGAUCCGUUGUUCCCAAUGUGGGUCCACACCCAGAGCUUCCUCUCUAGCAGUACCAUUUCCGAGUGUUCUAGCUCCGCCGAUGACGACAGUCAGCAGACGGCUUCGAGCGACAAUUUGCAUCUUCAGCAGAGGUCGGGCAGCCCCUGCAGCCCCCUCAGCGUCAAGGCUACCAGGUCUGAUCCAGAGCUGAAGAUGGGAAAGAUGGAAUCAGCCGAUGGAUUGAGCAGCGACCAACGGACCACAGUGAUGAUGCGCAACCUGCCCACCACCUUUACCCGGGCCCGUCUGAUCGAUCUGCUGAACAGCAAGGGCUUCUCGGGGCAGUUCGAUCUGAUCUAUCUUCCUAUUGACUUCGGUUCUGCGUGUAACCUUGGUUAUGCAUUUGUGAACAUGACGACUCAUCAGCAGGCGUUGCAUUUUUGGAAGGUUUUCCAUGGUUUCGCAGCAUGGACGGCUCUCGGGUGCCGCAAAGUGUGUGCCGUGUGUUGGGGUGCAGUGCAGGGGCUGCGCGCGAAUGUUGCGCGAUACCGAAACUGCCCUAUCAUGUGCAAGCAUGCCGUACCUGAUGAUUACAAGCCUGCUCUAUUCCAAUCUGGUAUGCAGAUUCCGUUCCCGCUCAAGGCCUCGCGGUCCAAAGCAAUGUUGCACCGCUCAGCCCGUAUCCAGAUGCCAGCUCUUUGCGGUUCCAUGCGGCGUGGGCAGUAGCUUUGUUCGCAGCUCUAGGCUGGGUGCGGUUUCAAGUGUGCACCGGCGCUGCGAAGAAGUCAAGACGCUUCAGCCUGUCCACGGAAUGUAGGGGCUUCAAGAGCACACUGCAUGGUAGAUGCGUCUCGCUGUGGGCCCUGUGUCGCCCUGCGCUGGUGGGCUCACUUGGCAGUCGCGGCACUUUAUGUAAUUAUUCUUUUGCACAGCUGUGCUCUAGAGCUCGGACCUCUUGAUUUUCGUGUGUCGUCGUCGUUCGUUCGUUCGUCGUUCGUCCUCCCGCCUGCGGCCACAAAAGUAAACUCCUGGAGGAAGAAGGCGAAAGCCUCCUGUCUCUAGCAUCUCCUUGGUGCAAGAGCCAGGGCACGCGUGCCACUCGUUCACGCGGCCAGGCGCCAGGCGGUGGCCCGUUACUGCAUGCGGAGUGGACGCUGGCAGUCCAAGGGAAGGCUGCAGACAGUGGGCGGCGGACGCACUUCGCAGGUUUCUACAUGUUCCAACAUGUUGGUAAUGAUUGAUUCGUGCUCGCUUUCAGGAUCCGCCCACAUGUUUGCUGCUUCCGUGCUCGGAGACCCCGAUCACCUUUUGCUGCUCCAAGUUUGCUUGCCCACGCUGGUUGCGGCAUCCUCGACCCGCCGCAUGCCAUCGGCCGGGCUUGCCUCGGGAUGAGCUGGUCUUGCCGCUGAAGUUUAGAGACUUCUUUGAGCGGCGAAGCUGAAUGUAUCGUUGCCACUUUUGAUGUCCGCAGCGCAGACGGCACCUAUAUUGAGCUCAGGCUGUCGACAGCAGUGCUCUCGGGCAGACCGCCCACACUAUGGGCCAAGUUGUUGGACUCGUGGCCAGUUCGUCAGACAACGAGCUUUUCAAAUGUUGCUAAGGGUAUGCAGUGCGCCGGCGAGUAAGAGCUCCUUCAAGUUGGCCAGCGCAGCGCGGAGGACCGCCGUGCCGCAGUGUUUGCCUCCCUCCAUCUUUCCCUCCUCAUAUUCGCUCUCGCGCUCUCUCUCUCUCUCUAUCUCUGCCUGCCUCCCACUGCUGCUCUCCGCCCAGGCGGCCUGCCCACGGAGGUCCAGCAUCGGCCGUUGAGGCCCCGCUGCUCCUGUGCCCAGGCUUUUCUGUGAGCGGAAGCCGUGAACUUUUGAACUGGAUUGACGCGCCGCUGCAAUUCUGUGUAAGUGCGGUUUGAGCGCAGGCAAGUUCAGAUACAGCAAAUCUGCAGGAUGGGAGACGGGGCUAGUUGGGCCACCACAGAGCAGGGCAGCCUAUCGGCUCGAUGCCCAGAGGGCUGCCUUUGCAGGAGUGCUGUCACGCUUGGAUAGCGAAUAGCAGCUGCUAUUAGUAGGUUUUUCGCGCCGGAUCCGCUGAGCGUCGUUCCAGUAAGACUAGCAUUUGCCGAGCGCGAGCAAGGAACAACA